UGCCAACCGUCGCCGGCAUACCACGUCCGCGGUUUCAUCCCCGCCUUGCGAAGCCGAGAGUAUACGAUAACAUCGCAAUUAAAAGAACAAUGGAAUAACGUCACUAAUAGGUAAAGGAUAUUUUUUUUUUAUUAAUCAAUUGUUCAGUGCAUCUAUACCCGUGUUGUUCCUAUAAGGAGGCUCUCUGGAGGUCGUUCUUUCGAUGAAAAAAUGGUGAUGUGAUGACUCAAGCACGUGAACCCCUCAACAUAAUGGACGGUAACCCGCCCUCCUGUGACUUCUCCACCAAGACCAAGCGGGGCGUUUACUUAUCCAAGAGUCUUACCUUCGUCAUCCUCGUCAUUUUCGCAUUAGCUCUUGUAGCCACAUCUUUCCUAGUCUACAACUUCGCUGCUUGCCCGCAGACUGAUCAUUUGGCAAAUGUCACAAAAUACGAGCUAACCCAUUGUGACCAAUCCAAACUCUUAGUUAUACCUUUAAGUACAGACAGAAGUCCUGAAUCGACGACUUUUAAUUCAUUCUUUAAUACCACAGAAGAUGUUCCAACCAUUACUGAUGUUAGACUUCCAACUAAUAUAAAACCAGAUAGAUAUUAUAUUAAACUAACUCCGUAUAUAUACGAGGGGGAUUUUACGUUUGAUGGUGAGACGAGUAUAGUGUUGACUGUAAAAAAUGAUACUCAACAAGUGACAUUUCAUGGUGUCGAGUUAAAGUUCCAUAACAUAGAACUAUUUGAGAAAAGUGAAGGAAGAGCUUUGAAAAUAACAAGACGCACAGAAGAUGUUCCGAGGCAGUUCCACAUAUUAUCGUUAGCUGAAACGUUGAAGGCGGGACAGCAGUAUGUGUUGAAUAUCACGUAUACUGGCAUCCUGAAUGACAAUCUUCAUGGAUUUUAUAGAAGUUCGUACGAAGAGAAAAAUGUUACGAAAUGGAUAGCAGUUACACAGUUCCAAGCGACCGAUGCCCGCCGCGCCUUCCCGUGCUGGGACGAGCCGGCUUUGAAAGCGCGUUUCACAAUAAGCAUCGCGCGUCCAGCUAACAUGACUUCUGUCUCUAACAUGAAUAUUGUUAGGAGGGAAAACCAUUCCACCUUGUCGGAUUAUGUAUGGGAUCACUACGCUGAAUCAUUGCCAAUGUCAACGUACCUCGUCGCAUUCGCCGUCACAGACUUUGGCUACAAAAGUGAUCAGAACUUUACGGUUUGGGCUAGAAAAGAGGCCUUACCGUCUGCAGAAUACGCUUUAGAUAUUGGUCCGAAGAUAUUAAGGUUCCUUGAAGACUAUUACAAAAUUACAUUUCCUUUGCCGAAGAUAGAUAUGGUUGCGCUUCCAGAUUUUAAAGCUGGCGCAAUGGAAAACUGGGGUCUAUUGACUUUUAGAGAAAUAGCAAUGUUGUACGAAAGUGGAACGUCGCCGACGACAGCGAAGGCGCGGGUGGCGGCCGUGGUCGCCCAUGAGAUCGCCCACCAGUGGUUCGGUAACUUGGUGACGCCCGCCUGGUGGUCGGACAUCUGGCUGAACGAGGGGUUCGCCAGCUACGUCGAAUACGUCGCGGUCGACGCUGUGGAGAAUACGUGGAAACUUAUGGAGGUGUUCGUCUUAAACGAAGUACAGAGUGUGUUCAAACUGGACGCCCUGACGUCUUCGCAUCAAAUCUCCGUGGAAGUUGGCAACCCUGAAGAAAUUGGAGCCAUAUUUGACAAGAUUUCCUAUGGAAAAGGCUCAGCAAUACUUCGAAUGAUGAACCAUUUCCUUACCGACGAUGUCUUCAAUGCUGGAAUCACUGAUUAUCUGAAUGCUAAAAAGUUCGGAGACGCGGAACAGAGGGAUCUAUGGAGUGCUCUCACAAACGCCGCGCGGAGGAAAGGCGCUUUCGAUGCGGAUGUAGCGGUCGUGAUGGACUCUUGGACUCUUCAAACCGGUUUUCCUGUAUUAACCAUCACGAGGAAUUACAGUACGGGUGUUAUACAAUUUAGACAGGAACGAUUCGUCCUGAUCAACAGUACAUCAGAAGAACAAAAGUUGCCCGUCUGGUGGAUUCCUGUUUCGUACACAACUGCUUCAGAAAAGGACUUCAAGUCAACCAGGCCCAAACUAUGGUUAAGAGGCGAAAGGUCAAUUGAAGUUGAUAAUAUUACAGUUGGCCGAGACGACUGGUUUAUUGCCAAUAUACAACAAACUGGUUUCUAUAGAAUAAACUACGAUGCUUACAACUGGCAGAUGCUCGUUAAAGUUUUAAAUGAUCCAUUAAGAUUUGAAGAUAUACAUCCAAUAAAUCGAGCUCAAAUUGUCGAUGAUGCUAUGAAUCUGGCAUUAUCCGGCCGUUUGGACUACAGAACAGCUCUGGAUAUUACGAGCUACUUAAUUCAUGAGAGAAGCUAUGUACCCUGGAAGGCUGGGUUGGUAGCCCUUGGUUACAUAGAUACUAUGCUGUCUAAAGGCGCAUACUAUUUGGAAUAUAAGCGCUAUGUCCUUCAUCUACUUACCGGAGCUGUCAAGGACCUUGGCUGGGAGGUGACGGCCAACGAGAGCGUCGUGAGAGCGCAACACAGAGUUGACCUGUUAUCAACCGCAUGCCAUCUGGAACACAUGGACUGUAUGGAGCACGCUGUUAGGAUGUACAAUAGCUGGAUGAUGUCUGCUAAUCCUGAUGCUUAUAAUGAGAUCCAUGCAGACGUCCGCAGCACAGUAUACUGCGUGGGAGUUCAAGUGGGUGGUGCGAGGGAGUGGAGAUUUGCCUGGGAGAGAUUCAGAGUGGCCAGCGCACCUUCAGAGAGGGAGCUACUGCUGUCUGUACUCGGAUGUACUAGGGCACCAUACUUACUGUAUAGAUAUUUGGAACUGUCAUUGCGCAAUGACAGCGGUAUUCGUAAACAGGAUACUGUGAGGGUGUUUUCAGCAGUGGCGGGGUCUGCUAUUGGGCAACCAAUCGCGUUCAAUUUCGUCAGAGCCAACUGGCAGAGACUUAAAGACUAUGUUGGGUCGGUAUCGACUCUCAACUCUAUUCUAAAAGUAGUGACCAGAAGAUUAAAUCAACCACAUGAAUAUGAAGAGCUGAAGAGGUUCGUUGCAGAAUCGUGCGCGGAAUUAGGUCGUCCGGUUCAACAAGUGUUAGAGAGGACAGCUGCGAAUGUGCAAUGGAUGGAGAGCAACUACCAAACGAUAGUAGACUGGUUGCUGGCAGCGGAAAAAGGGCCUAAGAUCUGGUGACCUGACUUAUUCGGAUAUGACAUCAGUUUGUACGUUUAGUGUAAACAAGCACUUAAUCGACGGCUAACCACCAAUACCUCCUAACUGACAUUUAUAAAAUAAAAUAAAUCGUAGACAUUUUUCCUAAGUUUUCUCCUAUUCUAUGUCACAUAUCAAUAAUCCUACUAAAAUGUGAUGGUUUGUAAAGAUAUUUAUUACUAUUAUUAUUAUCGCCUGGUGUUAAAGCUAGAAUAUCAAGUAGCCUCAAGUAGCAUACAGUAAAUACCUAACUUAAUACAUAGGAUACCUUAAAUAGUGAUUCAUGAAGAUAAAGUCCCGAUAAACAGCUAUAAGAGAAACAAUUUAUAUAUCAAUGUAUCAAGAAUUUAUAUUAAAACAAAUUAAUUUUAUUAAUUGUAGCUAUUUGGAAUAAAUAUAUAUGUUCUUAGGAUGUUUUCUGUGCAAAAUAUUAAAAAAAAUCUCUGUAAAAUGUUGUCCAUUGUUAGGAGUUAUUGUCGGUUAAUUGUUGAUAUGAAGAUCUUUAAGAUAUCGUGUAUUGAAUAUAGCGUAAAUUAGUGCUACGAUACGUUCAUGUGGAUUCGUUUUGACAAUUACAAUAGGAAAGAUUACUGAUAAUUUAUUUCGAUAGAGACGUCAUUGUGUUAUAACGUAAACUAACUAACGCAAAAAAAAAAAAAAACAUUCUGUUUGGUCUGUUGAAGAAGGGAUUAUAAAUUAAUUAAAGCCUUACUUUCCACCGUUAUUUAAUUAUUUUUUACGCAAUUUUUGUCUAUAAAAUUUCCGUUACUAUUUGCUUUUAUAUAUAUUGUAAAAUGGUGGCGCCACUUUCGCAGAACUUAAACUUUCCUAUUGCUGUCUUUCACUGUAAAGUAACAGAUAUCAUUGUCAGAUAUCGGAUUUUAGACCACGAUCGUAAAAGUAAAAUAAAAAUUCGCAUCGUAUCGUGAAGUUAGUUUAGUAUAUAGAGCGGUGUUCAAAUUUGUUUCGAUUUUUAAAAUUAACUAUCAUUUUAUCCAUUUUGCUAUCGUAGACUAUUUUUAGUCAGUUAUGAGUGUUUUGGUAUAAACUAUAUACUUUGUAUUAAAAAAUGUAUGAAAAAUUAAUGUGAUUAAGUAAAAAUAUUUGCAUUUUAGUACUGAUACAUUGUUUUAAUGAUUGUGUAAAUUAAAAAAAAAAAAAACUGUUAUACUAACAUUUUGUACUUUCUUAAAAUAAAUUUAUUUUGAAACUACUUUAAAAAAUAUAUAAGGAUUUGAACACAGUAAAAAAAAACAGUCACAACAUAAUCCGUCUAUUAAUUAAUAUAAUUUACAAUACUACAAAAUAGUUUAAAGCUAUUUUAUUUAAAUAGAUUUUCUGGUAUAUGCUAUAAUGAUGACAGAAGAAAAAACGUAAUAACUACCUGUCUACAGGAUUUCAAGUUUUAUUGUAAGAGAUUCAGUUUUAUUAUAAGAGAUUCAAACAUGUCUUGACAUAUGUUUGGAAAAAGAUUACAGUUUUACUGACAGGAAUACUUCUUUAUACGUAUGGUUAUGAAAUUGAUUCAUAGUACAGAUGUACCAUCGAUUAUACAAGUUUCAACUUCUGGUACAAUAUAGUAUUUUUUUUAUUUAGAAAUAAGUUUUUUUUUUUCAAUUAUUAUUUCGUAAUCUAGAAACGAAAUCUCCUAAUGAUGAAUUAGUAUAAUUUAAUAAUACAUAAUUAAGUGUCUACUCAAUUUAUUAUCAUUGUAAGUCUUAUUUGUGAAAACUAAAUUUAUUAUUUAAAAAAAUCAUUUAAUAUAAACUAAUUAGGUAAUAAUAAAGUUAGCUAAUUGUAAAUUGUAUAAAAUUAAAGGCACAUCAGUGUUUUUAUUCUUCGUAUUUAUGGUUAACACAUUUUGUCAGCUUAUUAUUAUUGUGCCCCCCCCCCCCCCCUUAAAUGUAUAAUAUAAAAACAUUAUUUUAUUUUACAGCAAUCGGGUAUAAAUGUAGAUUUACAUUUUAGAUGUAAAUUUUACAUUUUACAUGUUAAAUGCACAUUUUAGAAGUUUUACGAUAUAACAAUAAUAUUUGAAACGAAAUUUUAUUUCGACAAAUUUUAAUUGCAUUCAAAAUUGAACUCUAACAUUCAAGUUAUUGAAAUUAAUUUCGUAUGAAGGUGGAACUAUAUUAGAAAUAAUUAAUUAGGUAUCCAAUGGUUACGGCCUCCUUUAUUAAUAUAAACUUACUAUAUGUUCAUAUCGACCUAGAUAUUGAAUUAUAAUCAAUGUACAUAGGUUUAUGAUCAAAAAGGGGCUUUUAUAUGUAUCAGUGUUCAAUAAGACGUGCUUUCAGAAAGGAAGUAAUAUUUUUUAGUAAAUUUUAUUAGUUUAGUAAGUAGUUAAUUUUUAUAAAACCUUAGUACAGAUGCUGUUUUUAAGGGUAAGUCCGCAUUAGAAUUCGCUGGAGUUUCGCGCGUUUUUUUUUCCGCUGAUGUCUAUGGUUUCAAACAAUAUCCACAGGGUAUAUUAUGUUCUAGAAUGAUGCGGAAAAAAGCAUUAAGUAUAAAUUUGCAGUGCGGGCUUACCUUAAAAAUUUACUAAUUUUUUUUUACAUAGUUUGCGUUAAAGACGUUUGUUAUCAAUAAUUAUCGAUUGGCGUCAUUGUUAAAUAUUUUCACUAUCAUUAUUAAUUUUUAUUCCAUAACGAGCCAAGAAUUAUGCUAGUCAUGUAUUAAAAAAAGAAAUAAAAAAAAACACACAAGACUAGUCUGUAUGGGCGCCGAUUCCUUUGCCUAUCUUUUAAAAAAGGGAAAGAAAUAUUUUAUAUUCUCUUUUCUCUUUUAGAACAUCAUACAUUGAAGCAAUUAACGAUAUUGGACAAGUCGUAGUAAUUCAUUUAGGGAAGCAUUUUACCUAUAUGCCUGUCGUCGCGCCAUAAAGGUCAUUCAUAUUAAUUAAAAAUUCUUGACUAAUUCUUUAUGGUGCUAAAGAAGCGAUGACGAUUAAUAUUAUAUAUUUUUUAUUGUACUUGAAAAAAGAAGAAUUUAAUAUUAUUUACAUUAUCGUUUUAUUCAAACUGUUUACAAUUUAAAUAAAACCAUAGAUAAUGAACGAUGCGCAGUACACGCUUUUUUAUGUAAUUUUUUUUUCUGCGCAGAUCACGUGGUUCAAUAAAAAUAUGUUUAGGUCAUUCUCCAGAAAUUUAUAUUGGUUACUUAUAAAUGAAUUGUAUCGAGAAAUAACUGUAAGUUCUAAUGUCACGAUUAAAAAAAAGUAGAAACAAUUUGCGGGAGACAAAUUAACGCCAUAUUUAAAAAACCAUAGAAAAUGAAGUUUACACAGUAGAUAAACGCUUUUAUACGUAAAAUUGUUAUUUUACCGCUAGACAGUUAAAAUAAUAAUUAGUAAAUUAUUUACUUAUACAGUUUAAUAAUAAUAAUUUAUUUCCAUAAAUGUUUGUAAUAUUAAUUACAUAAUGUUUAUUUCAUUCUAAUAUAAGUUCAUUGUUCUGCAAUAUAUUUAAUUAUAAAUCACCUUUUUAUAAGCUUCAGCACAAAUUGUAAUGUAAAUAAAUUAACCUAUUUAUAAAUGUAAUUAACGACUUAUUUAAUGUUUGUAAUUCAGAAUACAUAAGGUUUAUAAA